CGGAUCCUCGAGCGCGCUCUGCUUCUAGUUUGCAGUUUGCUUUCGGGCGCCUUACGAGUCACAUCUUUUUUCCCCCAAAAUCGGCAACCGGCUUCUUGAAAGCAUCCCUCGCUCACUCCGACCAAAGAUUACGAGUGAGAGAGACACUAAAAUAAAUAAAAACACAAGUCGCUCGAAAAAAAGAGUAGUGCGUUCGACGAAACAAGUGCACAGUUCCACGUUCGUUUUAAUGACUCAACGUAGACUCUACUUUUUAUUACUCUUAUAAAGAAUUACUUUUAUAAAUAGUAAUAUUUUUACCCGCCAAGCACACACGGGCUUGCAAAAUAUCCCUCUGAAAACAAAAGCCGAUUCCUAGAAUCGGUUUGCACCUUUUUAGACCUCGCUGGCAAAAACGUGUUCGCGAAAGUUUUUUUUUUACCGAAGCUUUCAUUCGACCAAGGAGAGCAGCGUGUGUGUGUUUUUUUUAAAUUUAUCAGCAUAAAUGUAACCGCGAGACAGCGAUAAAGUGGCAGUUAUUGUGUUCUGAAGUUAAUCGCUGUGAACGCGAAGAAGCUGAUACAUAACUACGAAGAUCCAUCCUAGGCGAGUCUCGACCGGUUUGUCUUGGCUUGGCAGAGGAGAAACCGAAGAAACGGCAAAAGAAACGAAAAAGAGGGACUCGAGAGGGAGGAGGAAAAAAAAACAUCGAGUGAGAAACAAGACGAGUAGAAACUUGUGUGUUUUGUGCAAAAUUCAGGAAACAUGACGACUGCCGUGAUGAGCACACCGAUGUUCGACUGCAGUGAGCUCCUAUUCAAGAAUGCUCCAUCGAAGAAGGAUCCUUCAGUAAACGGAGGCAAUGGCCACGCACCCCUGCGUCGCAGCUACACAUCCCUCGUAACUCUCAUCGAGCAACACAGAAAACUCGAUCGAAGCGUGAGCGAGCCAACAUCACGAUACAAGACCGAGCUCUGCAGACCUUUUGAAGAAAGUGGCGUCUGCAAAUACGGCGACAAGUGCCAAUUCGCCCACGGCUACAACGAGCUCAGAAAUCUCGCCCGCCAUCCCAAGUACAAGACCGAGCUCUGUCGCACCUUUCACACGAUAGGCUUCUGCCCGUACGGUCCCCGCUGUCACUUUGUCCACAACUUUGAGGAAGCCAGAAUUCACAAUCAAAAAGUCAGUGCCCAGCUUGGAUCAGCACAGCCCAAUAUCAAUAUAAACAUGAACAUGGGUCUGAAUCCUCUGAUCAAUGGAAACGGAGCUGCAGCCAACAUCAGCCUGAAUCUUUUGGAACAGAUCGCCGCUUCGCCUCAGGUUGCAGCAGCCGCAGCAGCCGCGCCACUCAUACGAGCAAACUCUCUCAGUCUUGGAACACCAACUGCCAGCUCUUACAAUCAACCAUUGCUCAGGACCAAUUCUCUGACCUUGGCAAAUAUCACCCACCACCACCAUCAUCAUCACCAGCAACAGCAGCAGCAUCAUCAACACCAGCACCACUCAACGGGAUCAGUUAUUGGUGCACCAAGACCAAAACCACUGAACCUCAGUCCCACCUUCUCACUUGGAAGUACUGCUGACUCGAUUUCACCUUCCUCGAGUCUCAGCCAGUCGCCAACCAACUCGAUGGCCAGCUUCUUCAGCGAUGACCAGCAAGGUCUCUCGGCAACGACACCCUUCAGUUUCGGUCAGGAUUUUGGACUCCUAGCCACGAGACAAAGCCCUAGUCCACAAGGAGUCCACAGCCCCAUCUCUGAUGAUCUCGCUCCAAGAACACCCUCGCCUUUGUCGCCCAAUGGCGAAUCUAGACUCCCUGUCUUCAACAGGAUCAGCAACACUCUCUGUGACUUUGAAAAUCUCAAGAUCUAGGUAUAUGAAUCAGGGGAAGAGAUUUUAGAGGAAAGGUUUUUAGGAGACCUUUUUUUUUCGAGUGGUGUUAUCUUUGAUAUUGUGUCAUGAUGAUGAUGAUGAUGAUGAGGGUGAUGAUGAUGAUGAUGGUGGUGAUGGUGAUGAUGAUGAUGAUGAUUGAUGAUUGAUGAUGAUAAUGAUAAUGAUAAUGAUUGAUGAUGAUAAUGAUAAUGAUAAUGAUUGAUGAUGAUAAUGAUGAUGAUGAUGAUCAGUAAUUAAACAACCCGGUUGGCGGAGGGAAUUGCACACAACAACCCCUUGUAAAAAGUUGGGAGAAAGAAAAGGAGAAGAAACUAAGAGGAAAAAAAUAGUCUUGGCAAUAUCAUAUCAUCAUAUAUAAUAUAUAUUUGGUUGCUUUCCUCCGAUCUCGUUUUCGUCCUUCUCUCAUUCUCUCUCCUAAUUCUCUCCCUCUUUUCUAAUCCGGGGCAGGUGAGACGUUGCAAUAUUCCAAACCUGAGUUUAUCCUUUUUAACUACUACAAUCAAAGAUUAUGAGAUGGAGAUCGAUUGUCUUCCAAAUGCGAGUGUGAAUGUGAAUUGAGUGAUGAUCAUCGGCGAGAGAAUACGCUUUUAAAAAAAUAAAACGGAACAUAAGUAAUGCAAGAGAAAAAAAAAAAAGUGUUGAGCCUAGAUUCCGACGUUUAACGCGGGACACCCAAGCGCCAUUCUCAAAAACGUAGUAAAAACGCCAUAGAGUGCGAGAGGGGAGGUCAUUAAUGGUAACAUGUUCUUUCCCAUAAAAAAAAUGUGAUAUGUAACUAUUGCAAUAGAAAUAUUUACUUUAAAGAAUAUUCUAUAGGAGAUGGUGAUGAGCGUGGGCUCCUGGGGAGACUUUAAAUUUGAAUUCGAAAUUAAAUUUGAAUUUAGAGAAAGAAAAAUUCCUAAGUCUCCCUGUAGCGUCACGGGAAAUAAUUAAAAAAAAAAAAAAAGUAAAAGUGCCUAAGUGACGUGGUUUU